AUGAGGCCGACUCGCCUUGAAAGGCAUUUGAAGCAACAUACUCUGAUUUUGAAGACGAAACACUUUUUUUCUGCCAAAGCAGAAUCACUCAAGCGGAUGAAACUGAAUAAUUGGGAAGUUAUCGCACAGGUGUAUCGCAGCAUCUCAAAGCUUCAUUUGAUAGCAAAGCAAGAGAAACCUCAUACUAUAAUUUUAGGAGAAGAUGCAGAGCAAAAAAUGAAGUCUACUUCUCUUUCGAAUAACACAGUCAAGCGUAGAAUCGAUGACAUUUUAGCAGACAUAAAGUCACAAAUAAUUAACAAAGUAAAAUUAUCGCCAUUUUUUGUCAUUAUUUGCGAUGAAUACACCAACAUCGUUAAUUGUGCAUAG